AUGGCUCAGCCGCUGAAGCAGCUUCCGCAGGAACUGGAGGAAAACAUACUCUCUCGUCUUCCACCGCGAUCUCUCGUUAGAUUCAGAGCUGUGUGUCAACGUUGGAACGGUCUUUUCAACGACAAGAGUUUCGUCAACGACCACUUCUCCUGCUCUCGUCCCGGAUUCCUCUUCCUCGGCAGUCCCAAAAACUAUUCGAUAGACAUCAUGAAUGCCAACAGCAUCGAUCCCACAAUACAGCUGUCUCUCUGGAAUCCGUGGUUGAGACAGUUUAAACUGAUCGAGAAGAACGGUACAAAGUUUCAUUGUUGCGGCUUAGGAUACGAGAUUACUGGUGGUAGAAGCAAUAAAGUUCACAAGAUUUUGGGUUCCUUUGAUUGUGUCCCUGCGGAAGAGUACACGAGAGUUGCUAUCUACGAGUGUGCGUCUCACGUGUUUAAACAUAUAGACUUACCUCAAAACAAGUGGCUCAUGUUUGGAGCUAAAGAGAAUGUGUCCUUAAAUGGAAAUCUCUUUUGGCUUUCUCGUGAGGCCGAGACUAAUGAGUACUUCAUCCGAAGCUUUGAUUUCUCUGUGGCUACUUUCAAACCUUUUUGUCUCCUUCCGUGUAAGAAGGACGGCGACGAAUAUCGCGAUGCACUUCUUCUCCAGGUUUUUAAGGGAGAUCGUUUGUCGUUGCUAAAGCAAAACUGCGUAACGAGGAAGAUUGAGAUUUGGGUAACGAAUAAGGUAGUUAGAAGAGAGGAGGAAGUGGUGGUGUGGACAAAAAUGAUGAGUUUGCUGACAACUAACUUUCCGAGGCUACUUAAACAGGUUUAUAGGAAGAGUUACUUCGUCUAUGACAAGACUCUCUUUGUGUGCUGUUUCGAAAAGUCAACUUCUGUGCCUUGCAUCUACAUUGUCAGGGAAGAUCUGUGUAAGCGGAUUCGUAUAGAUUCAGGGCUUUUCCAGUGUUGUCACUGUGUUUACACUCCCAGUUUAAUCCCGGUUCCUUAA